UCUCUUCCUCUCUCUCUCUCCCUCCCCCCCGCUUUUUCGCUGUUGCCUCUUUGCCUCCCUAAAUCAAGGUGCAAAGAUGCCAAAGAGUGAUGAAAUGAAAAGAAAGCCAAUUGCUGGACUGAGGUGGGGGAGAUAGCUGCUCGGAGUCCGCCUGCGACUAUGGAGCAGUCAGUAAUUGCUGGAGACAGGGAGAGCUGGGGGCUGGGCUGAGGUAGCCAUGUAUAAAUAGUGUGAUCUCAAAUUGAAAGGCAUAAAUAACAGCAGGAGUGAUCUAACCCUAUACAGCCCAUCUUCUACGUGCAAAAACAGCGUGCGGAGGACGGCCACAUCUCCGAUUGAAAACAAGUGGAUCUCUGUGGAUAAGAUCACCGGGCAGCCAUGGAAGAACUUACGGCUUUUGUAUCCAAAUCUUUUGACCAGAAAAGCAAAGAGAGCAGCAGCGGCAGUGGCAGCGGCAACAAGAAGGAGACGAUCACGUACAGGGAAGUUUUGGAGAGUGGGUUGGCUCGCUCUAGGGAGCUUGGAAACUCUGAUUCUAACCUGCAGGACAUGACCGAGAGCAGCAACCAUUGCCCGGUGCAUCUUUUCAAAGACCACGUAGAGAGCGACAAGGACAAACUGAAGGAGUUCAACACGGGCAGGACAGCGGAAGGGAUCUACGAAUGCAAAGAGAAGAGAGAAGAUGUGAAAUCAGAAGAUGAAGACGGACAGACCAAGCUUAAACAAAGGAGAAGCAGAACCAAUUUCACACUAGAGCAGCUGAACGAGCUGGAAAGACUUUUUGAUGAGACUCACUAUCCAGAUGCCUUCAUGAGGGAGGAACUAAGCCAGAGGCUGGGACUGUCUGAAGCUAGGGUUCAGGUCUGGUUCCAGAACAGGAGAGCAAAGUGCCGAAAGCAGGAAAACCAGAUGCACAAAGGUGUGAUCCUGGGAACCGCCAGCCAUUUAGACGCCUGCAGAGUAGCCCCCUAUGUGAAUAUGGGAGCCCUGAGGAUGCCUUUCCAACAGGUCCAGGCGCAGCUGCAGCUGGAGGGCGUGGCCCACGCGCACCCGCACCUGCACCCGCACCUGGCGGCCCACGCGCCCUACCUGAUGUUCCCGCCGCCGCCCUUCGGGCUGCCCAUCGCCUCCCUGGCGGAGUCCGCCUCCGCCGCCGCCGUGGUGGCCGCUGCCGCCAAGAGCAACAGCAAGAACUCCAGCAUCGCCGACCUGCGGCUGAAGGCCCGCAAGCACGCCGAGGCCCUGGGGCUCUGACACGCUUCCCCCGAGCCCCACUUCACACCCCGCCCCGGGUGCCCGCGGCGGGCGGGUGUGUGACCCGCACGGACCGCCGCUCUGCCCCCCCGCUCCUCCUCAUCCUCCUCCUUCCUGGCCGCAGGGCGAGCAGCGAGCGCUCCGGCCGCCCUGCCGCCUUAUCUCUUUUUUAUUUUAUUCUAUAUUUUUGUUUUGUUUUGUUUUUAUUUCUUUCCCGUUCCCCGAGGUCUGCGAGCGCUCGGCGGCUGCGCCCUCCCGCCACUCCGCUCGCCCGCUCGGCCCCAGGGACUCGGCGGCCGGGAGGUGCCGCGUGGCGCGGUGGGGACGCUCCGCCCGCCGCGGGCCCGCGGACUCAACACACGCGAGCAGCAGACACCCACCCGCGAGUCAGAGACUCCUCGGAGGACAAAGUAGGUGGGAGGAGAGAGAAAAGAGAGUUUAAAAAAAAAAUCACAAAAAGAGAAAAAAAAAAAAAAAAGAAAGGAAACGAUCUCUAAAUUAUGUUAAUCUGUGAACAUUGGGGACACUUUGGAUUUUUGACCCUGGCAAAAGUGAUCGCUCCGGCAUAACGUCAUCUGCUGCUGUCAGUUUUGCUACCUUGUGCAUGUGUCAAACUAAACACGUUUUGAAGAUCAGAAAUAUAUUAGAACAAAACGAAACAAAACAAAUAGUAAUAAUAAUAAAUAAUAAAUCCUUGGGGCUGGUCUCCAUUAAAGAUGACAUUUCUUUGUUGCCAACAGUAUUAUUUCACUGCCAUGAAUCUCUUCCAUCACUGAGGAGCUGCUGCUGCUGCAGAACUGGUUUGAAUUUAAAUGUGGAAUUUCAGAUCUGAGGCAAGGGCAGGUUUUUAUUUUCCUUCUUUUCUUUCCUAAAAAAACCAAACCAGCAAUAACAAAAAAGUGUGUCUCAAAUGGCUAUGUCCUUUGAAAGGAGAAAAAGAGAGAGACUAGAAUUUACUAAUUGUUAGUGAUAACUUGAAAGAUGGGAACAAUAAGAAAUGCACCUGUUUUGCCAGAAUUACCUGAACUCAAAGAGAUGUAUUGUGCCAUAGAAACAGGUCAGUUUUUCAUUUUUUCCCCCAAAUGCCUAGAUCUUUGAAUCAGAAUCUCACUGUUUUACAGGAUGUUGAAAGAAUGAAUUAUAUGUCAAAGAUGGACAUACGGUUUUAAGGCAUAAUACUGAUGCAGCAUUAAUUUUAGUGAAAUGCAAUUAAGUGCAGUAAAGUGCAAUACUGUAAAUAUUAUAGAUUAAAAAAAAAUAGCCGUACUUAUUCUGUUAAUAACCGAUUCUACAAGAUCUAUAACUUAAAUCCGUUACACUCAGACUGGUGCAUUGCAGCUCCUUGCCAAAAUGACAGUCUGAGUCUUCUAUGAAUGGAUAAAGUUAUAUGUAUCACAUAUGGGAAAAGGUAGAUACUAUAAUUUCUAGUCAACUUAAUGUGCCAUAUUUCUGCGAAGCAGGCUGAAAAGUCUGUAUGACACUUUCACACGAUUUUAAGUAAAAAACAAAGCAACAAACCCAAACAAACUAAAACAACCCAUAGAAGUGUUCGGUAGAAGAGCACAAGUUCAAUAUUUUGCCAUUUUAAUUUUUGCCUGUGAUUUGGACACCAAGCAGUAAGCUAGUGCUUAAGCAGAUUAACUACUACAAAUCCAGCAAGGAUGGAGAGUGGAGAAAUUCUUCAAAUUAUAUUUCCAAAGUGUCUGGGUUUACUGACCCUCCUCCCCAGUUCUACAUUUUCUGUUAUUCACUUCUAAUUAGAUUCGGGGUUUUUUAAAAAUUUUCACUGGGGAGGAGAGAGGAAGGUACAAAUAGUGGUCUUGUCUUCAUCUAACAAGAUAGUUAUUUGUUGCCUUUGCUAACCAGGUCUGUGUUGAUGGAAGGUUAUCCUCUGAAUAGCACCAUUAUUAGGCCUGCUUUUUAUGUCUCGUUUAGCAAUCCAUUACUAGUUUUGGCUUUUGCUGAUAUUUAUCAAAUCCAAAUAUUACUGUAGGACAAAAAUUCAUGCUUAGGAUAAUUUUUAGAGACUUUUCUUCUUUUUUGUGUUUUGUUUUUUUUUUUUUUUUCUCCUUCAAUUUUUGAUAUUUUCUAGCAAGCAAAUUUCUGGAAUGUCAAAAUUGUGCCAUUUCCCUUCUAUUUAUUACAUGAGAAGUAGUUAAUAUCUUGGAUUUGCUGGGGCUGAUAAAAGUUGCCUGCCUUUUUUUGCCUCUCUGUGAAAGUCUAGUACCUUUUAAAAGCAAGGCCAAAAUAUAAAGGUAGCAUUACUUGUUGCUGAGAAAUACAGACCAAAUCUGAGGCAAUUAACAAUUUCUUAUUGAAACAAGACAUUGUCUAGAAAGUAAAAUGUUAUUCAUGAUGAUGUAUGAAAUUCUGGCUAAAAUGAGAAAUAUUUGAAGUAGUUCCAGCACUUCUAAAAUGCAGAUCUGAAAAAGAAUAAACAUUACCAUAAAGGUGGUUUAGGCUAUAGUAAGUAACCUGUUGUAAUGGACACCCACAGCCAUUGAAGGAGAAUUAGAUAUACAGUGUUGAAGACCAAAGGCAAAGAGCUAUCGACUGAAUAGGGACUGCUUGUUAUCUGUACCUGUAAUCUAAUUUUUAGCCCUUCAAAUCCUCUUUUGAGAAAUUAAGAGAGGCUUACAUGAUUUUUUUUUGCAGUCCUGCGCUGGACUUUCAGAAAGGAGUGAUUUUUACCCUCAAAUAAUUCCAUAGAAUGAACUUAUUGAAGUUGUAGGGUUGGGAUAUGAAUUUUCUCAGUCAUCUGAGAUGCUGACAAGUGCUACCAAUCUCAGUGUUACACAUACAAUAUGCAUCCACUUUGUAUGGGAAGGAAUAACUUUCUACCUUUGUUGUUCUAGAUACAAACACAGCAAAAAAAGCCUGUAGACUUCUCUCAGAAAUUUUACUUCUUUAUUGUAUUCAAAAACCAGCGGCAACAUGAAUAUAAUUCCCUGCUAAGAUGAAACAAGGCUGGUAGUGUAGCAUACAUCUUUGCAGAAUGAAAUAUUCUUACUUUUUUUCUGAGUGCUUUCAAUGGAUGUCUCAAGGACAGUCUUGCUCUCUACCACAGAAGGGAAGAAGGUGGCAAGAUUUAUCAGCUUAGCCUGCUUUGAAGGAGGUACCACAGCUCAGCCUGGGGAGAGGGGCAGGGUCUUGCUGGGAAUCUAUCAAGGUGCUUCAUGCUGCUCUUGCAUUUCAUUUAGCAUGAAAGGAAAUGAAAAUGUGCGCUGUGUAAGGGUUGUUGCCAAAACUGGUUCUGCUUUGCUUUCUUUAAUGGGCCAAUUACAUUAAUGAGGGUAAAAAAGCUUUGCCUUGUUUUGGAUGAUGCACACAGGUAACCUCCUCUUCUUAUCAUCUUUACAUCAUUGGGAAGAAAUGAGGCAUCCUACCUGGCCUAUCAUGUAUUGGACUGUACUUUUCUCUAAGUCACUGUGGCUCCAUUCACCAUAUGGAGCUCCAGUGAUCUGUACAAGCUGAGAAUUUGGACCAAAGCAUCUACUCCAUCUCUGUUAAUGUGUGGUCUCUUUUUGUUCGUUUGUUUGUUUUGUUUUUGUUUUUUGUUUUCUUAAGUAGGUUGGAGGUUGAAGAUAACAUAGUCAUGGUCCUGAAG